CUCCCUCCCUCCUCGCCGAGCGCAGCGCCCCGAGCAUGGAGCCUGCCUGAGACGCUCCGCGGGCUCCGGCAGCUGCUGCGGCGGCACAACAUGGAGGCGGCGGCGGCCCCGCCGCUCCCGCUGCUGCUGCUGCUGCGGCUCCUGGCCGCCUCGGUGCUGCGGUGCGGGCCGGGCUCGGCCGGGGCAUCUCCCUUUCUGCUUUUUGCCAACCGGCGGGAUGUUCGACUUGUGGAUGCUGGAGGCACAAAGCUGGAGUCCACUGUGGUGGUCAGUGGUUUAGAGGAUGCUGCUGCAGUUGACUUCCAGUAUUCGCAAGGCAUCGUUUUCUGGACAGAUGUGAGUGAAGAAGCCAUCAAGCAAACUUACAUUAACCAAACUGGGAAUGUGGUGCAGAAUGUCAUCAUUUCUGGUCUGGUUUCCCCGGAUGGCCUGGCAUGUGAUUGGAUUGGGAAAAAACUUUACUGGACGGAUUCAGAAACCAAUAGGAUAGAAGUAGCUAAUCUCAAUGGAACAUCUAGAAAAGUCCUCUUCUGGCAAGACCUUGAUCAGCCCAGGGCAAUAGCUUUGGAUCCUGCUCAUGGAUACAUGUAUUGGACUGACUGGGGUGAAACACCUAGAAUAGAACGGGCAGGAAUGGACAGCAGCACGCGAAAAAUAAUUGUCGAUUCAGAUAUUUAUUGGCCAAAUGGACUCACGAUAGAUCUUGAUGAGCAGAAACUUUAUUGGGCCGAUGCAAAACUGAGUUUCAUUCAUAGGGCAAAUCUGGAUGGUUCCUUUAGGCAAAAGGUUGUUGAAGGUAGUCUUACUCAUCCCUUUGCACUGACAUUGUCUGGAGACACUUUGUAUUGGACAGACUGGCAAACACGCUCCAUUCAUGCCUGUAACAAAAGGACGGGAGAGAAAAGGAGAGAAAUAUUGUCCGCCCUAUAUUCACCGAUGGACAUCCAGGUCUUAAGUCCAGACCGGCAGCCAUACUUUCACACUCCAUGUGAAGAAAACAACGGUGGUUGCUCCCAUCUGUGCCUGCUGUCUCCAAGAGACCCCUUCUACAGCUGUGCCUGUCCCACUGGUGUGCAGCUAGAAGACGAUGGCAGGACAUGCAAAUCAGGUGCUGAGGAAGUCUUGCUGCUUGCUAGAAGGACUGACUUGAGGAGGAUUUCCCUGGACAUGCCAGAUUUCACUGACAUUAUUCUGCAGAUAGACAAUAUCAGACAUGCAAUUGCCAUAGACUACGAUCCCGUGGAAGGCUACAUCUACUGGACUGAUGAUGAUGUCCGGGCAAUUCGUCGAGCCUACCUUGAUGGCUCUGGAGCACAGACUCUGGUAACCACAGAAAUCAACCAUCCAGAUGGUAUUGCUGUGGAUUGGGUGGCGAGGAACCUGUACUGGACUGAUACUGGAACAGACCGCAUUGAAGUGACCCGGUUGAAUGGGACAUCAAGAAAGAUCCUUAUCUCCGAAAACCUAGAUGAACCUCGAGCAAUAGUGCUCAAUCCUGUAAUGGGCUACAUGUAUUGGACAGACUGGGGUGAAAGUCCGAAGAUAGAAUGUGCUUAUUUGGACGGCUCAGAAAGGCGAGUUCUGGUGAAUACGUCCCUAGGUUGGCCUAAUGGCUUGGCACUGGAUCUUGAAAAAGACAAGCUUUACUGGGGAGAUGCAAAAACAGAUAAAAUUGAGGUCAUAAAUGUUGAUGGAACAAUGAGGAAAACCCUCCUAGAAGAUAAGCUUCCACAUAUAUUUGGUUUCACGCUGCUGGGAGAUUACAUCUACUGGACUGACUGGCAGAGACGAAGCAUUGAAAGAGUUCACAAGAUAAAGGCUAGCAGAGACAUCAUUAUUGAUCAGCUGCCAGAUUUAAUGGGCCUUAAAGCAACAAGUGUUACCAAAGUGUUUGGAACUAAUUCAUGUGCAGAGAACAACGGAGGUUGCAGCCAUCUGUGUUUCUUUACACCCCAGGAGACGAGGUGUGCCUGUCCCAUUGGCCUUGAGCUGCUGAGUGACAUGAAGACUUGCAUCAUUCCUGAAGCCUUCUUAGUUUUCACAAGCAGAGCAGCAAUUCAUAGGAUUUCCCUUGAAACCAAUAAUAAUGAUGUUGCUAUUCCUCUUACUGGAGUCAAGGAAGCAUCUGCUCUGGAUUUUGAUGUCUCUGAUAACAGAAUCUAUUGGACUGAUGUUAGUUUGAAGACCAUAAGCCGAGCUUUCAUGAAUGGGAGCUCUGUGGAACAUGUGAUUGAGUUUGGGCUAGAUUAUCCUGAGGGAAUGGCUGUAGACUGGAUGGGAAAGAACCUCUACUGGGCAGAUACUGGAACCAAUCGCAUUGAAGUAGCCCGCCUGGAUGGACAGUAUAGGCAGGUGCUUGUGUGGAAGGACUUGGACAACCCAAGGUCUCUGGCUCUUGAUCCUACCAAAGGAUACAUGUACUGGACUGAAUGGGGAGGUAAACCUAGGAUUGUUCGAGCGUAUAUGGACGGAACAAACAGCAUCACUUUGGUGGAUAAAGUGGGUCGUGCCAAUGACCUCACUAUUGAUUAUGCAGACCAAAGGCUAUAUUGGACUGACUUAGACACAAGCAUGAUUGAGUCAUCAAAUAUGCUAGGACAAGAACGAGAAAUCAUAGCAGAUGAUCUACCUCAUCCAUUUGGAUUAACCCAAUACAGUGACUACAUCUACUGGACAGACUGGAAUCUUCACAGUAUAGAAAGAGCAGACAAGACCAGUGGGAAGAACAGGACACUUAUUCAGGGCCAUCUGGAUUUUGUGAUGGAUAUAUUGGUCUUCCAUUCUUCACGUCAGGAUGGCUUGAAUGAUUGUGUGCAAAAUAAUGGCCAUUGUGGUCACUUGUGCCUUGCCAUACCAAAUGGAUUUAGGUGUGGCUGUGCUGCUCAUUAUACCUUGGAUCCCAACAGCAGGAACUGUAGUUCCCCUGCCAGCUUCCUGUUGUUUAGCCAGAAAUCUGCAAUCAGCCGGAUGAUACCAGAUGAUCAGCAAAGUCCAGAUAUCAUCCUGCCUAUGCAUGGUCUAAGGAAUGUCAAGGCUAUUGAUUAUGAUCCCUUAGACAAAUUGAUCUACUGGGUGGAUGGACGUCAGAAUAUUAUAAAAAGAGCCAAAGAUGAUGGCACUCAGCCUUUCACUGUCAUGAGUACUCCAAACCAAAGCCAGAACCCAGAGAAGCAGCCACAUGACCUCAGCAUUGAUAUAUACAGCCAUACCUUGUACUGGACCUGUGAGGCCACAAAUUCAGUCAAUGUCCACAGGCUGAACGGCGAGUCAAUUGGGAUGGUGCUUCGAGGGGAUCACGACAAGCCCAGAGCCAUUGUAGUGAACGCAGAGCGAGGGUACAUGUACUUCACCAACAUGCAAGACCGAGCUCCCAAGAUUGAGCGUGCAGCCCUUGAUGGCACAGAGAGGGAAGUGCUUUUUACAACGGGGUUGAUCCGACCAGUAGCACUGGUGAUUGACAACAAACUUGGAAAGCUUUUCUGGGUGGAUGCAGAUCUGAAGCGCAUCGAAAGCUGUGACUUGUCAGGUGCUAACCGUGUGACCCUGGAGGACUCCAACAUCCUUCAGCCGAUGGGACUCACUGUGCUGGGGAAUCACUUGUAUUGGAUUGAUCGUCAGCAGCAGAUGAUUGAAAGAGUGGAGAAAAUGAAUGGGUACAAAAGGACUAGAAUUCAAGGCCGAAUUGCUCACCUGACAGGCAUUCAUGCUGUGGAAGAGCUUGAUAUGGAGGAAUUUUCUGUCCAUCCAUGCUCCCGUGACAAUGGUGGGUGUUCACACAUAUGCAUUGCCAAAGGGGAUGGGACUCCAAGAUGUUCAUGCCCCGAGCACCUUGUGCUUCUACAGAAUCUCUUAACAUGUGGAGAACCUCCAACUUGUUCCCCAGACCAGUUUACCUGUGCAACUGGAGAGAUUGACUGUAUCCCAAUGGCAUGGCGGUGUGAUGGAUUUCCAGAGUGUGAUGACCAGAGUGAUGAAGAUAGUUGUCCCAUAUGCUCUGCAUCCCAGUUCCAGUGUGAGAAAGGACAGUGUAUCGAUGCACACUUGCGGUGUAAUGGAGAAAUUGACUGCCAAGAUAAAUCUGAUGAAGUGGACUGUGAUACAAUUUGUCUACCCAAUCAGUUCCGAUGUGCAAGUGGCCAGUGCAUCCUCCUGAAGCAACAGUGUGACUCCUUUCCAGAUUGCAUUGACGGUUCUGAUGAGCUUAUGUGUGAAAAAACAAAGCCAGCCUCAGAUGAGUCACAGCCACACAGUAGUGCCAUCGGUCCUGUCAUUGGUAUAAUACUGUCACUUUUUGUCAUGGGAGGAAUGUACUUUGUUUGCCAGCGAGUCGUGUGUCAGCGCUAUGCCGGGCCCAAUAGUCCUUUUCCACAUGAGUAUGUCAGUGGCACGCCUCACGUCCCUCUUAAUUUUAUUGCUCCAGGAAGUUCUCAACAUGGCACUUUUACUGGUAAGGAUGGCAUCUCUUGUGGAAAGUCCAUGAUUAGCUCCAUGAGUCUCAUGGGAGGAAGCAGUGGUGCCCCCUUAUAUGACAGAAACCAUGUUACUGGAGCCUCUUCAAGUAGCUCAUCCAGCACUAAAGCCACUUUCUACCCACAGAUCUUGAACCCACCUCCUUCCCCAGCUACCGAUCGCUCCCUGUAUAAUGCAGAGAUGUUUUAUUCCUCAAACAUUCCUUCAACCACGAGAUCUUACAGGCCAUACCUUAUACGAGGGAUAGCUCCACCCACAACUCCAUGCAGCACAGAUGUUUGUGACAGUGACUAUACUACUAGUCGAUGGAAGGCCAACAAAUACUAUAUAGAUUUAAAUUCAGACUCAGACCCUUAUCCCCCUCCACCCACACCUCGCAGUCAGUACAUGUCGGCAGAAGAAAGUUGCCCUCCAUCUCCUGCCACAGAACGAAGCUAUUUUCACCUCUAUCCCCCUCCACCCUCUCCUUGUACAGACUCCUCAUGACCUCAACAGAAGGAACUUUUCCUGUAAAUAUUUUAAAAUAUGAACAGAUUUAAAAUAUAUUUUAUGAUUUAAAAAUAAAUCGGGGUGGGAAUUAAAAAAAAGAAAUGUGAAUAAAAAUGGGUGGGAGGGAUGGGGCUGUGAAAAAUUGUACAGAGGAAGAAUAUUUAUAAAAUUGAUUUUUUUAACUUAAUUUCCAUUCUUUUGUGCCAUAUUUGCCUUUUUGAAGUCAUGAAAAUGACUCAAUCUCCAAAGGAUUUGGGGAGGGAACGUUGAGCCUUUUUGCAUUUUUUAGUCACCUUUUUACAUGCAAACUGCAUGUAAUUCUUUUUAUUAAUGUGAGACAAGAAAGCAAAGUGGCUUGUGGGAGGAGGAGUCUAAAGAAAGAUGUAAGUUUAUUCACAGAGAAGAAAAACACGUUUAAAUAAAAUUGUCAGUAUCUCAUCCCUUUACCACCACUGGAGAAAACAUGCAAAGAUCACAACCCUCAGAUGCUCCUGUGUGCGAGCUGAAUGCUUCCCAGCAGAACUUGUAUGCUGAGACCUGGAUUUCAAACCUCCCUCUCUAUUUGCUUAACAUCAAACUGGAAGAACACUUCUUUUGGCCAAACCUUCAGCUUAAGUAGGCCCACAGGCAUCAUGCCCUACCUCAUGUCAGUGCCACUCUGCACAUGGCCAAUUCUGGAACUGAUUCAAGCUAAAAAAGAUAACCAGCCCUAAAGAACUUGGUUUAGCUCCAAUCAGUUGCCCCCUUGGCUGGGUGAAUGGUAGCAGAAGUAGUUGUUUUGACCUGUGGGUGAGAGCAAGGGGCAAGUUUAAAGUGGUAUUUAAGCUAAGAAAAAUGCCCAACAAACUGCAGAUUUGGUCAGACUUACCAUCUUAAUGUGAUGAAACCAAGCUCCUUCAUCCUUCCUUGUGAGGCUUUGAUGACUGUCUGGCAAAAGGCUGUAACAGUCAGCUGCUUCUCAAAAUACAGUGCUAGUUCUCUUUUUCCCAAAAGUCCAGUAAUUCACUGUGCCAGGCCUCUGAGACGUUCACCUGUGUUGACUUGAUCAGAGAAUUGCUUCAUCUCUAAUGUUCCUUUUCCAAAGUGGAAUGAUAUGGUCACUUGUAUUCAUUUAAAUGAGGAAAGUUGUUUGGUUUUAAUCGGUGUUUGUAGAAAAUGGUAUUUGCAUAGCUCAAAACAAAAACAUCUGCCAUUCAAACAGUUUAGUCAUAUCUCAUACAAAUUUGCCACAAAAUAAGUUCAGGUUUAGAAAUAGACAGAAAAAGCAGAGGGGAGGAAGGAGAGGAGACAAAUACUUUCUAACUGUGUUGAAAAAAAAAGAUAAACUCUCAUACAAACUGCUGUAACCUAAGGACAUCAUGAUCAGCAAAGUGCUCAUAUUCCCAACUCCUACCAAAAAAACCCCCUUUGGGAAUGGGGGGGGUUUAGGAUCAGUCCCUUUAAAAAUACAGAACAUAAUUUUUUGCUUUGAUUGCUCUGUUGCUGCAACAAAAGGGAUUGGGCAUUGUAUGGCACUUUAUAAAUUCAGCUCUGGUGAUGACAAUGUGAAUGCCUAGUUGGGACAUCUGAGGGAAGUUCUGAAUAUGCAGACUCGCACCUGUUUCUGCAGCUGCUGAAUAACAGAUGUGUUGGGCCUUUGAUGGCCUUAAUAUUGUUGGCAACAAUGAAAACUUUUUUCUUGUUUGAACUUAAA